GUACAAGUAUUUAUAUUCCAUUGAUUACUAUAGCUCACAAUUGAUUUGGCGAUCGUAUGAUCUUUUCAGCUUUCAUCCUAUCAUACAAUUCAUACUAGCAUUUUUCUUUACCCCCGACGCAGCCAAUCAAUCGAAGCUCAGCUCGACAUAUACAACGUCUGAAAACUUGAACAUCGACAUGUCAACGUCAGCUCCUCUACACCCAUACUACCCUCUAGGUGUUCACAUUCCAGGGUACAUAGAAAAUGUCAAUUCCGUUGUGACUUUAAUCGGCCAAUUCGCCGUUCUGUGGGCAGCUGUCGUCGGUCUCGCCUGGGUCACCAUCGGCUUUCUCCGACCAGGAGCCAAGUAUGCCGACCGUCUGGCUUUCGUCUGGUUCUGUCUGACCGCAUCAAUACAUCUCUUCUUUGAAGGGUAUUUUGUUGUAAAUCACGCAACUCUCGGAGGAUACAGCCACCUUUUUGCCGAAUUAUGGAAGGAAUAUUCCCUCUCUGAUUCGCGUUAUUUGCGAUCAGAUGCCUUUCUGGUUUCAAUGGAAUGUAUAACGGCGGUAUGCUGGGGCCCCCUCGGUUUCUUCAUUUCUUAUUGUAUAAUCGUGCAACACCCGGUCCGAUAUGCAUUGCAGAUAGUCAUUUGUCUUGGUCAGAUAUACGGUGACUUGCUGUACUUUGCCACCAGUCUCUUUGACCUGUACCAUACCGGACUAGAAUUCUCGAGACCGGAAAGUUAUUAUUUCUGGAUGUAUUACUUUUUCAUGAAUUUUAUUUGGAUCGUGAUUCCUGGUUACUACUUAAGAGAUGCGAUAGGGGAGGUAACAACGGUGUUUCGGAAAGUCAACGAGUUGGAAAAGACGCAAAAAUCACGAUGAAUGAACUCGGCACAUUUAAAAUGCCUUAAAUCGUUGUUUUGGUCGAGAGACGAGGAAGAGGAUAUUGGGGCCGUUGACUCUAAAAUGAAUCAAAGCCUCCCAUGGCAAAAGAAAAGUGUUUAAGCUUAUAAAAACGUCCUAUAUUAGAAUUCCGGACCGCCUUGGAUAUGUCACUUCUUAUAUAGAAAAGGUCCAUUACCGAAGUAGUUGUGUAUUCAAUAAGAUCAUAUUAAUUCAAGAGCACUAACAGAA